AAAAAGAAUCAUAUUUAUUAAAUCGAUAAGUAGCUUCUUUGACAACACCAAAGUGUGUUUCAUAUUUUCCAAAAAAGUUAUGGUUUAAUGGAAAAAGUGAUAAAAUAAUAUUAAAUAUCUAAACUGAAAAAAACAAGGAUACGCAAAAGAAUUGUAUCAAAAUUUAGAGUGGUUCUAAGGAUGAACAGUAAUUUUGAAUCAAAGAUUGAUUAAUCUAAAACUUUUGCAUUUUAAUUCCUGUGUUUCGAUAACAAGCCAUAAAUACUUACUUGCAAAUUUGUGUAAACGUGAACUCAACCGACGGUGCAUGUGUUAAGUUCUGAUAAAUCAGAAUUAAGAAUAAGGAUAUUAAAGCGCUCGCAUUGGAUUUCAAACAAGGCUGCAUAGCCGCUAGCGGCAGUAGUUUGUUGCAGAACACUACAUCGUUAGGACACAGUCCCGUUUCUCCUGAUUCACAACCAUUCAAUAUUUUUCCGGCAAUUUUUAGUCGCCAAUUAAAUUUUUCUUCGAGCAAUUGCAACCAGCAAAAAUUUAUGAUUCAUAAUAGUAUGACGGAAGAUCUACGACCCAAUUUAGUUGGAGGCCUUUUGGGUCUGCAACAACAAAGUCUGAUAGAAGAUCAUAAUCAAAUUCAACACAGCAAUUCUGAAAGCAAAUUCAUGUCGCUGCAGGAUAGUCAUAAUCGAUAUGAAAAUCGAUUGCUAGGACUCUGUCAGGAUGGGAGAAGUUCAACUCUAUCUUCAUUAGCAAAUUCAAACUUGAUAAUACCCAAUGGAAAUGAUUCAAAUAAAACAUUAAUUCAACGAAAAUGUAGUAGCACUCCUGAAGAUUUUAGCUCUUUAUAUGGAUCUGCAAUCGAAAAUACUCAUCACCAUACUCCAGCUCAUACACCACCGAAUAGAUUAAGCGACCAAAAUUCUAUAACAGCUGAAGGUGCUUUCAAAAAAUUAAAGCCAGAACCAAAUAGUGGAUUAUCAUCAGUUUCUGGAAGUGUGUCAUCUCCUGGAAGCGGCAUUUCAACUUUACCUCAACAUGCUGGUCACACUCCCACUGCAGUUUCAUGCCCAACACCUGCUCGAAGAAGACACAGAACAACAUUUACUCAGGAACAACUCGCUGAACUUGAGGCGGCUUUUGCUAAAAGUCAUUAUCCUGAUAUCUAUUGUAGAGAAGAAUUAGCAAGAACUACAAAACUAAAUGAAGCACGGAUACAAUUCCAAAAUCGAAGGGCCAAAUAUAGAAAACAAGAAAAACAGUUACAAAAAGCACUAGCUCCUUCAGUUUUACCAUCUUGCAACGGAAUGAUGAGAAACAUUCAAAGUUAUAGUGUUUCAAGAGGCUACCAACCGUAUCCUCAUCCAAAUUCUAUUAAUCGAUAUCCGCAAGAUCUAUUUCAAAUGGGUUCAUCAGCCUAUCCAGCAAUGACACAACCUUUUUCAAUGUCUCAAAGUUCUAUGAGUUCCGUCGGCGUUCGUCAAGAUUCAAUGAGUAUGUCGGCUGAAGAUGAAUGGUACAACAAAAGUCUUUCAGCAUUAAGAAUGAAUAGCACACAUCAUCCAAAUCUGUCAGCACCCAUGCUUCAGUAUCAAACAUAAUUAAUAAGUUAAAACAUUAAUUACCUUUUAAGUGAGCAUAAUUAAUAUUAAUGUUUUAAAAUAAUAAUAAGAAUUUAGUGUUAAUAAAAAUAUCAAAUUUUUUGGGGUAUGAUUGAACUAAACAUCUAAUAAAAUUAUGGAUAUGACCAAAUUUUUUCAAAACUCUGAG